CUUGCGAGGAGGCCAUUUGUUUCUUUCCUCUCUAUGUCAAAAUAACAAAGAAACUGUUCUUCACAGUGAAAUGAUUAAAGAUGAUUUAAUUGUUUUGAUUAACUUACAUUGACAAUCAACAUUGAUUUUUAAUUUAAUUAUUUAUACUCUGAUCAAGUUAAAUUAAAGGUCAGAUUUUUUUGUUAAACUAAACCAAAAUGUGUUCUCGCAUGCCUACAUCUUCACUCCCAGUCUCAUCGUCAGGUACUAGUGGUUCAUCAUCUUCCCAAGGAUCAACCUCAGGCCUUGGGUCAAGUGCAUCUUCAUCGUCCACUUCAGGUGUCGGUGGAAAUGGUAUUGGGACGAUCAAUACACCCAAUGCAGUGGACACCUCUGGAAAUGUCAAUUUUGUUGAUCAAUUGAGCAGAACCAAUCUUUACAUAAAAGGAUUGACGCCCAACACAACUGAUAAGGAUUUAUACGGACUAUGUGCUCCCUACGGAAAGAUCAUAUCAACGAAAGCUAUACUAGACAAGAAUACCAACAAAUGUAAAGGCUAUGGAUUCGUUGACUUUGAAUCACCAUUAUCGGCUGAGACAGCAGUUAAACAUCUACAAACUCGAGGUGUCCAGGCUCAAAUGGCCAAGUGCACCGAUACAAGUAGAGGCAAAAGUACUUCAGUUAUUGCUUCAAACUCGAUUGCUAAUUAUGCGGCUGUUACGAGUAAUUCCAAUGCUGUUGCCUCUAAUUACUGUUCUUCAGUCAUCAAUCCCAACAGAUCACCGCAACAAGAACAAGACCCUACCAAUCUUUAUAUUGCCAAUUUACCUUCUUAUAUGACUGAGACUGAGUUAGAGUCCAUGCUUGUUUCAUUUGGCUCAGUGAUCUCGACUCGAAUCCUACGUGACAAUUACAACCAACCUCGCGGUGUUGGAUUUGCCAGAAUGGAGUCGAAAGAAAAAUGUGACAUGAUCAUUCAGCACUUUAAUGGUAAAAUUAUUGCCGGAGGAAAAGAACCUCUGUUGGUCAAAUUUGCUGAUGGUGGAAACAAGAAAAAGAGUCAAAAUAAAAAUGAAAUUCGUAAUAGAGAAGGUGGUGGAGCAAGUCAGCCCAUGACAGCAGCUUAUGCUUAUCCCACCGACCAAUCUAACAUAAACCAAAAUGGAGUAGCCACCGCACCUAUGAUGCCAAACAUGGCUGCUGCCGCAGCAGCAGCUGGUUACCACCACCAUCAUCAUCAAAGACAAUAUGAUAGAUGCGCCUUUGUUCCAAACACAGCCGCUGCCGCCGCCGCUGCAAUUCAAGCCGCUGCUGCGACUCAAUGGAUGCAUCCAGGAGCAACACAAUAUCAUCUGGUUCCACCUCCUGCUCACAUGCAAUCAACAACACAAGUGAUCCCAUCACAGCCAAUCGACACUAAUGCUUUGCAUUUCAGUACUCUGAUGCCACAGUUAUCAGCUUCCAUGCGUCAACUUCAGCUUUCCAGUCAUCCUUAUAUGGCAGGAACACCAGCAGCUGCCUAUGCAAUCGCGGCUGCUUCUGGAGCUUUAUAUGCAGCUCAACCAGGACAAGUGAUACAACCAGUUACUCUCGCUGAGCAGGCUGGUGGUGCCAAUAAUCCAAGAAGUGGUACCUCUUCCGUUGCUCCCAAUGAUGAACUAGGACAAAGCAACGCUGCUCAUCAUUAUCAAGUCUGUCAACCUAAAUGAGAAUACUUUUCUUUUAGGUUGAAUUGAAAUGGAAUUUUAUUCUAAAUUUUAAAUGAAGACAAUUUGUGCACCUUGGUCUAAAAGUCUAUUGUGCUACAAGAAAAAAUAGAUCAGAUUCAUCAUUCUCUCCCUCUCUGUCCUUUUUCUCCCUUUUCUACCUGUAUUUCCUUGUCUCUCGCCAUUUUGUUUGCUCUUUUUUUCAUCACAGUGUGAUUCUCAUAUUUUCCGCAUAAACAGAAUUCAUUCUUCAGAGAAUCAUUCUUUUCAUCACUCCUUUUCCCAUCUCACCUUUUCACAAUUUCUUACAUCUUCGUCGUUUUGCUUUUCUCUAAAUCUCGCCACUCGAAUUUUCCAUUUACUUUCAUUCUUCUCAUUUUGUGACGACUGCAUUAGCAAAUGAACUGUGCUGCGUCAGGAUUGUCUUCAAUUUUAAUCAUUGUGACCCUGUUUUACUUACGGAACCAUCUUUUUUAUGUUGAUUAAUAACAAAGAAAAUUUCAAAGAAGGCAAAACAAUUUAUUUCUUCUUCUCCUUCUCCUUCUGCAACGAAAAACCUAACAACACCUUUAAAGUUUCUCAUUCAAUUCAUCCAUUAUCAUUGAUUGUUACUUUCAUGAGCAAUCAUCUCAGCAGUGCUGUAAAUCACGGAUAAUUUCAAUUUUUUUUAUCAACUGAUGGAUUCAAAAGAUUUCUCUUCGCCCUUUGAUAUCGUUUUUUGGUCAACCUCAACAUUAUGGCUACCUGACUUCUUCAUUAUUCUCUGUAGGCUUCCUGAAGUGUCCAGUCAAAAACAGAUAGUCAGUGUCAUGAUGGUGAUUGCCUUAGUAAAAAGAAGACGCAGAUGGAACUAUUGGAACUAUGAAAGAAAUUGUCUCCUUCACAUCUCUUUCUUCUCUUUCUUUCACUCUCUCUCUCCCUUUCUCUUUCUCUUUCUCUUCUCGUUCUGCUUGACUCACUCAAAUUCCUUUUUCGUUCUCUUUUGGAACAAAAAUUUUCAGAUUUCACAUGAUUAAACAAUUUGGUAAAGAUGAACUGAAAAGUCCGGACGGUGAAACCUAAAUAAUUAGGAUGGAGAUUAAACAACUUCAGUUGCCGGCUAAUAAUACACCCUUUUCCUAUUGAAUUAGGCUCUUUUUGUAUUCAAUGCAGAAAAAUUACAAAAAAAACAUAUUUUGACAAAAA